GGGGGUCGGGGGAGCCGUGGUGUAGACGAGAGGAAAAAAAGGAAAAGAGAGAAAGAGAGAGAGAGAGAGAGAACACCCACACCAUAGAGAAAGAAAGAGAGAGAGAGAGAGAGAGAGAGAGAGAGAGGGUCUGGAUCUGCUCUGGGGAACUCAGGACGGACCCUGUCCUCUCGGACUGGACGUCUACCAGCUCUGGCUUUGAGUCCUGAGCUCUGGAGGUCUAGAGAGGGAGUGAUAGAGUGAUAGAGUGAGAGAGAAAGAGAGAGAGAGAACAGGGGAAGAGCUGCUGAUGGAAGAGUGACGUCAGACUCGCCGCUGGACUUCAGAAUUCCUCUCCCACUCCUCGCCUCGCCGGACCUUCGGCCAAGAUGUGAUCCCACCGAGCUGCUUCCUGCUGUUUUUCUGGAUUUUCCUCUUUUCCCUGUGGGUUCUGUUUGAGUUCGGGGGGCUCGGGGGUCCGUGUUGGGUGAACCGGGGGGGCACCAAUGCUGGGUUUGAGAGCUGGCUGCUGUCGUCGCUCUCUCUGAUCUGGAUAAAGAGUUGAGUUCAGCUCCAGAUGAAGAAUAAAGCCAACAAGCAGCAGAAGUCCAAGCGGAAAGGGAGCGAGAAUGCGUUCGGCUGUGACCUGACCGAGCACCUCCAGAGCUCAGGACUGGAAGUUCCUCAUGUCCUGAAGACGUGUGCGGAGUUUAUAGAGGAGCACGGCAUCGUGGAUGGAAUCUACAGACUCUCAGGAAUCACCUCCAAUAUCCAGCGUCUCAGGCAGGAGUUUAGCUCUGAGUUGUGUCCUGAUCUCACGAGGGAGGUGUAUCUGCAGGAUAUUCACUGCGUCGGCUCUUUAUGUAAACUCUACUUCAGGGAACUGCCCAACCCACUGCUGACCUACCAGCUCUACAAGAAGUUCACAGACGCUGUAUCAGUGAAAGAGGAACAUGAACAGCUCCAGAACAUCCAGAGCGUCAUUAAAGAGCUCCCAGAGUCACACUUUAAGACUCUGGAGUAUCUGGCGAAGCACCUGUCUCACCUGGCCACUCUCAGCCACCAAACCAACAUGCACACCCGUAACCUGGCCUUGGUGUGGGCUCCGAACCUUCUCCGGUCUAAGGAGAUCGAGGUGUCGAGCUGUAACGGGGACGAGGCGUUUCUGGAGGUGAGAGUUCAGCAGUCGGUGGUGGAGUUCAUCCUCAACCACACCGAGCAGAUCUUCAACCACGGAGACGCAACACCCAAACCUAAAGCAGGUCCAGCUGUAUCGUGUAUGGAGAAGUACGCCACGCUGCCGGCGAGUUCUCAGGGUGGACCGAUGAAGCUGAUGAGUCUGGAGGAAGCUCAGGCCCGGUCUCUCAGCCCGAACCACCCGGCCCGAAGAGAACGCCAGAGAGAGAACAGCCUUCCCGACACCAGCACUGCCGCCAUGUACCACACCGUCAUCGAGCUCGCCGAGAACAAGAGGAAGUUCUCUGGGAAGUCGAAGAAGUGGAAGGCGAUCUUCAGCCUGGGUCGCUCCGUCACCGACGCUAAAGGAAAACUCAGCCGCAACGGGAGUGUGUUCAUGAGAACACAGAACUCAGAGAAGACUGGGAUCAGGCCGUCUAAGAGCAUGGACUCUCUCUGCUCUCAGCCAGCAGAUGAAGAUAAAUCAGCCUCAGCAGUUGGAGCAAACGGAUUCCUCGCCCCCGUGGUGAAAUCCCGGACCCUGGGCUCCGACAUCAACUACGACUCCGGUGAGCAAGAUCCAAAGUGGGAGUUUGACCUGCGGAAGUCCAGCGGCGUCAUCGGCGGCAGCCCCGGCGCCAAGCGACGAGGAGCUCCAAAUACCUCAUCUUCAUCUCCACCUCCUCCCCCAUCCUCCUCCUCUUCUUCCUCAUCUUCUCCCCUGCAGAGGGCGCUCCCCGAGCAACUCAAAGUGUUCAAGGGCGACGACCUCGGAGCGUGCCAGCCCACGUCCCCCAAAAACCGGCGUAUGCUGUACUCCGGCUCCGCCCACAACGGUUCCUCCAGGCCCUCGUUUCCGGGCAGCCUGUUCCCGCUGGAGUCGUCUCCGCGGCACCAGCGCAAAGCCCUGAACAUCUCGGAGCCGUUCGCCGUGUCCGUGCCGCUGCGCGUCUCCGCCGUCAUCAGCUCCAACAGCACCCCCUGCAGGGUGGCGGGGAAAGAGCGGGAGCGGGAACGCUCUCUGGGAGAACGAGCGUUCCUGAAGCCGCGGGAAGCCGGGCCCCCGGAGCCGCACCGCAGCGAGAGCCUGGGCAGCGUCGGCUUCAGGGAGCUGGUGCCCAGCGGCGCCGGAGGCUUCGGGUUCAGGGACAGGGACCGGGCGCUGGGGGGCAGCGCCGGCAGCAUUGGGUACAGGGAGUACCCGCUCAGCGACAGCAGCGGCAGCAGCGGAUACAGUAUCUAUAGCAACAGCAGCUCCGUUCCCAUGGAGAAGGAGAAGGAGGAGAGCCAAUCGCUGGAGAGGGGCACCGGGGACACGCCCCCCGAUAGACUGGCACAGGGUAAAGACUCUGAGGUGAAGGAACAUCUCGCGAGUGUGGAGGUGCCUGACAGUUUAACGUCAUCUCAGCCUAAAGCGACGGCAACUCAUGAAAUGCCUCAAUCCACUGGGAAAGAACUGGACACCACAGCAGUGCAGCCCAUCCAACCAAUCCAACCAAAACCAAUCCAACCCAUCCAACCAAUCCAGCCCAAAACGCUUCAACAACUGGACAUUGCAUCAAUCAGCCACAAUCCAUGGCCUGAUAUGCAUCACUCGCUCCAGAUUACAGAACCCGAAACAAACCUUUCGGAAGGUCAAACCAAAGCCGGUGGUUUUAAAACCAAAAUCGCUGGAAACAACGGUGCUCCUAGUUUUGAUCCUCAAGCUAAAAGAAGAAGCAGUUUACCUACUCACCCAGUGUCUUCAAAGGGACAUUUCACAGAUGUCAUGAAAGGUCUGAUGGAGCAUCAUGCAGGUGCUACUGUUUUUAACCCAAAGACAGAGAGUAGCUGGAAUUACCUGGACAAUCCCGAGGUUAAAAAAGAUCACAAGAGUUUGGAUUCCUUGGAUUCGCUGGACCUGACAGCAAACAAGCUGCAUCUCUCGCCUUUCUUUCAUUUAAAGGAGACGGAUAUUCUACAAGACGCCGAGCCGUGGCCUUCCAGUGAAGAUACUUCCGGCGUUGAUAAUUCCAGUGUUGAUACAACAAAGCAAAAUGAGGUGAUCAAAGGACAGUCUUCAGGUUCAAGUGGAGAAAUUGAACCUAGUGGGAAAAGCCCUUCAAAGUUUCCAAUUGAAGUAAAUGUGCCUCAACCGAAGGAGGAAAUCCAUAGAAAGGACAAGGAGAAGAAGUGUAUCAGCCGUAUCAGUGUCGAUCUGACGUCCAGAGUAAAGGGAAGCAUGAAGAGGCUGUCAGAAUGCUUGGACGAAAGACGUCCUACCUCGGAAAUUUUGCAUCAUGAUGAUGAGGACAUCUGGGGGAAUCACUUGGCUGGACUUGAUCAGGUGGAGCCUUGGGAAGACUUGAGCACCACCAAACAAUGGGUUACGAGUCCACUCCACUCACCAAAACUGGAAGAUCUUUUCCCCAUGCUGAAACCGUCAGUGCUAGCUUCAGUAUCUGAAAGCAAGGCAACUCAAACAAUUGAGCCUAGCAGUGAUCUGGAAGACAAGAAGGUCAUGAGCGAGGAACCUUUAGGAGGGAAUGUCACAAGUUUACCUGAAGAAAGUGCUGCACAGGUCAGAGAACCUGACCCUGCACCCAUUAGUCCCUCUGCGAAAGAGGGAAGAAAAGAGCCAGAAGUCGAUGAAUCUGGUCUUGGUGAAUCUGGUCUUGGUGAAUCUGGCCUUGGAAAGAUCACAGAGAUUUUCCUUGGUGCUAACUUUGAAGGAACUGGAGAAACAGAGACUAAAGAUAUAAAAAAUAUAAAACCUGAAACUCCCCAGCUUGCACAAUCGAAGGCCUCCACUCACCAAGAAGAGGCGUCAAGAAUCCCAAAGAGAAAUGUUGGCGCUCCGAAACAAAAGAGCUCUGUCUCUUCCCAAAGAUUUCACCGACAGAUUUCCCACGAGCCCUGCAUUGCAGAGAGGAACGAGGAAAACUUUGCGAUUGCUCCAAAACACAGACCCUAUUCCUUAAACCUGGAUCUGGGACACCGAUGCAUCAGGGACAUCUCAAAUCGACAGAACCUUGAUCUCACUGAUAGUUCCUUGUCGCAAAGGGGUGCAAUUACGCCUUCUGGGACAGGGCUAUCUCUGGAACUCGAGAUGUUCCUAAAGGAUCGACAAGCGCCCAUGCGCCGCAACUCUGCGCCGGUGAGCGUAUCUUCCGUUCGCACUGCGUUCAUGAUCAAGACGUGUCAAGCUAAAGCUGUGCCGGUUAUACCUCCGAAGAUUCAGUACAGCCAGAUCCCGCAUCCGGUUCACGAGAAGGGAAGCCACGAUCCAGAGAAAAGAACUGGACCUGAAAGGGAACCAGAGAAGAGCAAUGUAGAGAAGGCAGAUCCUGUACCGCAACUUCAGGUAGUCAAAGAUUGCAAAGACUGCAAAGAGGAAAGGGAAAACUGCGAGCCGGUCUUGAGGAUCCAAUGGCAGCCGUCUCUAGAAAGGCCAACCGAGAUCUUUAAGCCAGUACUUACUCCGGAUCCUCCAGUGCUGAGAAGGAAACGCUCUGCCAACGGAGACUCGUUCAAGGACUGCCCGAGACCAGAACGCUCCACCUUACUUCAAAGGUCCUCCUUCCGCAAUCGCCCAAGGCCUCAAAGCCUCAUUCUCUUCAGCCCUCCCUUCCCAAUCAUGGAUUAUCAUCCGGUGGGGGAAGAUGGCAAACUUGUCUUGUCACCCAUCAAGAGUCCCACCGAAACCUCGCCUCUCGACGUCUUCACCAAGGAACUUGGUGAGAACCUUAAAACACCAGAAGGCGUAGUCCUAAGAAAUAAAAUGACUUUGCCCAAGAGCGGACAGAGGCUGGAGACCUCCACGAGCUGCUUUUACCAGCCCCAGAGGAGGUCCAUGAUUUUCGACAGCAGGAGCAAUCGGCAGAUAGAGUGAUCCUGGUUCCUGAAUGUACUUCGUUUUUUCAUUGUAGGUCUACUACAGUCAUCCUGACUGAACGUUCUAGAAGUAGGUGCCAUUUAUCGUUGGACAUUGUCAGUGCAGGACUUUUCCCAGUUAACAUUCUCUUGUAGGGUUCAUGGGAUUAGCAUGGGACCAAGCUGGGCUUCUCAAAUGGGUCUCAUAUAGGACAAUAGGUCCAGGAAGUGGACAUCCCAGAUGAGACCCAUGUUUUUAACCCCUCCUGGUCCCCAUCGCUAGUACCAACAUGGAAGCCAUGGAGAAAACCCAAGGAAUGUUUUCUCAGUUGGGCGACCCCUACAGGCGCUGCAAUAGCAUGUUAUCUGGGUUAGUAUUAAUUGUUUUAAAGGAGAACUCUGGUGUAAAAUGGAGUUUUGUUGUAGUAAAACAUGAUAAAAAAGUACUAACCUUUGUUGAAUAGCAGCUUUCUGAGAUCCAUAAAUUUGUGCUUUUUGCCUAGCACUCUUUACAAUGAGCACUUUGGGGCAUAUUUUGCCUUAAUAAAUCACUUUUUACACCGUUAUCCAGCUCAAAGUAGCUCCACACCUCCUUAGUAGAAUCCGUAGAGCCCUGACAUUUAAAACGAGGCAUUAAUAACUUUAAAAGUGCAGAAGCUUAUUAAAAACCACUAUUUACAUCACAUAGGUGUAUUAAACACCUUCCUUAGUACAAAUAAAUGCACUGGGUGCCGGCUGCUACGACAGGGGGCAGGCUAUGCUGAUUCUAUGUAUAUAUAUAUAUGUCUAUGUCAUCAUGUCAUUAUCAGUACAGUGAUGGCGGUGCUCGGAGCUGAAACUAGUGUUAUAGGAUGUAAACAGUGUUUUUUAAUGAGCUUCUUCUGCACUUUUUAAGUUAUUAAUGCCUUGUUUUAAAUGUCAGGGCUCUCCGGAUUCUAGCAAAGAGGUGUGGAGCUACUUUGAGCCUGAAGAACGGCGUAAAAAGCCAUUUAUCAGGGUAAAUUAUGCCCCAAAGUGGAGGUUGUAAAGAGUGCUGGUCAAAAAGCACAACAUUUCUGGAUCUCAGAACGCUGUAGGAGAACAGAAGUGAGCUAUUUAACAAAGUUUAAUGCUUUUUAUCAUGUUUUACUACAACAAAAGUCAAUUUCAUGCCGGACUUCUCCUUUAAUAUGGUGCUCCUGGUGGUGGUAAGGAAUGUCGUAAGGAACAUGGCAUGAUCCUGAAGUGGCAAAGAUCCAUAAAAAUCUGUUAUAUCAGACAUACAUAUACACUAUAUGUCCAAAUGUUUGGGGACACCCCUACUAAUGAACUAAGUUACUUAAUUUAGCUACUUUACUGUACACAGAUGUUCAAAUCCACACAUAUGCAUAACUCGUGUAGGCCCUUGUAGAAUAGUAGAGAAGCAUUGCCAGUAGAAUACCUAGAAUACAGGACCAUUUGGAGAAGAUCUGUGUGAACCCAUCGACACCAGGCUAAUGCUAGUCAUGGUUUAGAGGUCUAUAAAACACCCAAUUUGAGCAGCAUUGAAUGAAUGGAAUGAAUCAUAGUUCUUGGUCCUGUACUGUAAUCGUGGACGAUUUGGGGAAAUCAUGCACUUUUCCUCUGAAUGCAAUCAAAUCUUCACAGUUAGUAUACAUAUUAAUAUAGAAAAUCUAAUAGAAAACCUAGAAAGCCUUCUCUGGACAGUAGAAAGCAGAAGAAAACCCUUUUAAAUACCCUUGAUUUCAGAAGAUACAGUGUCAGAAAAACACACUGGCAGAAACAUCCACUGGCAAAAAACUAGACAAAAUAUGUGUAAAUUGUUAUAUGUGCUUAUAUUAAGCCAAUAAAUCUGCCAAUGGGGAAAACAUUUUUUUCUUAACGAGAUUUCUUAAAAUACGCUCAAAAACAAAGUCUCAAAAUGAUUGAAGUAAGCAAAAAAAAAAUCAAGCAAAAAUCACAGAUUUUAUUGGCUUAAAUUUAGACACAAGAUUCAGAAUAAGUUCACUGCAAAAAAUCCAUUGGCAAAAACUAGACGAAAUAUAUGCAAAUUAAGACAAAUACAUGUAUUCUAAGCAAAAAAAAAAAUCUGCCAAUGGGGAAAGCGAAAUUUUCUUAGUAAGAUUUAUUACAAAAAGCAACGGCAAAGUCUCAAAAUGAGUGAAGAAACACCUAAAUCAAGCAAAAAAUCACUGUUUUUGGACACAAGAAUCAGAAUCUGGAUUUUGAGUUCAAAUUACUUAAAAUAAGGUACAAAUUCUAAGUAAGAAUGAUUAAGAUAAUUAUCCCUAAAAUAAGCAAAAUAAUCUAAAACUUACGCAAUGCUUAGUAAGACAAAAAGUCUCAUCAGAGAAGAAAAUAAGAUUUAUUGCCUUAAAUUUAGAUUUAGUUUUUUUGCAGUGUUGAACUUGUGCUUUUUUAUUUUUUUUUUAGUUCUAACUACUUAAAAUAAGGUGAAAAUUCUAAAACUGAUUAAAUUCCUUACUCCUAAAAUAAGCAUUGUACAUUUAGUAAAGCAAAAAUAAGAUUUCUCAACAUAAAAUUGCUUAGAUUUAUAAAGAGCAGGUGUCCCAUUACUUUUGAUCAUAUAGUGUAAUUCACACUAAAUAUAUUAUAUUAAGCAAAUAUAUCUGCCAACAAAGUCUCAAAAUGAUAAAAGUAAGACUUACAGUAAAUAAGUUGAACUUUCUUCUUAAAAUAACCAAUCACAAAGUAUCAAAAUGAAUAAAGUAAGACUUAAAUCAAGCCAAAAUUCCUUAUUUUGUGGGUUAAAUUUAUACAGAAAAAUCAGAACAACUUGACUCGUGACUUUUUGUGUUUAUUUUGAGUUUAAAUUCCCAAAUUUAGUAAAGCAAUUUUACACAAAACAAUGCUUAUUAAGACAAAAAUUCUUAUCAGAGAAAAGUAAGGUAAAAUAAGGUACAAAUUCUAAGUAAUAAUGAUUAAGAUAAUUAAUAAAUCCCUAAAAUAAGCAAAAUAAUCUAACACUUACACACAAUGAUUAGUAAGAUAAAAAGUCUUUUUUUUAGUUCUAACUACUUAAAAUAAGGUGAGAAUUCUAAGACUGAUUAAAUUCUUUACUCCUAAAAUAAGCCUUGUACUUUUAGUAAUGCAAAAAUAAGAUUUCUCAACAUAAAAUUGCUUAGAUUUAUAAAGAGCGGGUGUCCCAUUACUUUUGGUCAUAUAGUGUAAUCCACACUAAAUGUCUCGACAGUAUUAAAUCUCAAAAAUCUGCGUAUUUCAGAUCCGUUUCAGGGAUUUUUUCUGGGAGUUAAAAUGCAGUUGGAUGACUCUGGAACAAAAAGAGUUAGAGCAGGUUAUUAUAAUACUUAUAUUAUACUUAUAUUAUUAAUAUAAGUAUUAUCCUGAAUGAUGAAACACACCUACCUAUAGUAUUAUUUUAUAUUGUGUCAAAACAGGGAGAUAAAAGGGGAUGGAAAUUUUCAUUUUAAAAGCCAUUUAAAA